GCUCGGUCGGCAUCGUCAUAAGCUCGGUCGCACGUGCUUUCCAAACCACUUUUAUCAGUACGCACUUUAUUUAACAACCACCUAUGUGAGUGUUUUGUGCUCUCAAGUGCAUUUAUAGUGCAUCCGGAAGAUAGAUAGCAAAAAAUAGAUUAUGAAACUCAACUCGUUUUUAUCAAAUCUGCUGUUUCUUUGUGCGUUCUCGCUGAGGCUCGGAACAAUAUUUUCGGAAUGUGAUAGCUCCCAGUUUGAGUGCGACAAUGGCAGCUGCAUAUCGCAAUAUGAUGUCUGCAAUGGCGAAAAGAAUUGCCCAGAUGGAUCCGAUGAAACGGCCCUGACCUGCGUUUCCCAGCGACAGCACUGCACCAAACCCUAUUUCCAGUGCACCUAUGGAGCCUGUGUGAUUGGGACAGCGGGAUGCAAUGGAGUCAGCGAGUGUGCAGAUGGUUCCGACGAAACCAGGUUGAGAUGCGGCAACGAGGACGUUAUACGCCAGCACGAUCGACGUCUUCAGGGCAAUUGUCAGGACAAUGAGUUCAAGUGCCCAUCCGGGAUUUGCCUGGACAAGGGCAAUUUCCUGUGCGACGGCAAGGACGACUGUGCGGAUGGGACUGGGUUCGACGAAUCCGUGGAUCUGUGCGGCCACAUGGAGUGUCCGGCGUAUUCCUUCAAGUGCGGAACAGGUGGCUGCAUUUCGGGCUCCUUAUCCUGCAACGGGGAAAACGACUGCUAUGAUGGAUCCGAUGAGGCCCCUCUGCUGUGUAACACCACCAAGAAGGUCACCACCCCAUCGCCGGUUGAGACUCCGCUGGAGCUGCUGGGAUGUCCCCUGCCAAUUGGCGACGAAAGGCCCAUCUUGACGGGCGAGGGCAGCCGCAUCCUGACUGGACCCAUCAUUCGGGGAACUGUGCGCUUCUCCUGCAAUCAGGGUUAUGUUCUGGAAGGCGAGGAGAGCAGUUAUUGCGCCAAAAAGAAGUGGAGCACUUCCACGAUCCCGAAAUGCGUGAAAUACUGCAGCACCGCUGGGGAAUUCGAUGGCUACUCCACCAAGGCCUUGUGCACUCACAACGGACAGCAAGUGGAAUGCAAGAAGCCAUUUCAUCCACCCGGAACGGAGGUCAAAUUUGUCUGCUCCACUGGAUUCAAGACCCUUAGCACUCUGCCGGAGAUGAGGUGCAUGAAGGGAGGUUAUUGGAACAGAGGUCGCCAGCGAUGCGAGCAGGAUUGCGGUCAGAUUGCCACGCCCACUAAGAGCUUCUCGGCUAAUGGGUAUACGAUCAACAACACGGUUGUACCCUGGCAUGUGGGACUGUACGUCUGGCACAAUGAGAAGGACUACCAUUUCCAGUGUGGAGGAUCUCUGCUCACUCCGGACCUCGUAAUAACCGCUGCCCAUUGCGUAUACGAUGAGGGCACCCGACUACCUUAUAGCUACGACACUUUCCGGGUGAUCGCGGCCAAGUUCUAUCGCAACUACGGGGAGACCACGUCGGAUGACAAGCGGCGGGAUGUGAGGCUCAUCGAAAUAGCGCCUGACUACAAGGGUCGCACAGAGAACUAUUACCAGGAUCUGGCCCUACUCACCCUCGACGAGCCCUUCGAGCUGAGCCAUGUGAUUCGACCCAUUUGCGUGACCUUUGCCAAUUUUGCGGAGAAGGAGAGCGUAACGGAUGAAGUGCAGGGAAAGUUUGCUGGCUGGAGCAUCGAAAACAAGCACGAACUGCAAUUUGUGCCCGCCGUAUCCAAGGCCAACUCCGUGUGCCGGCAGAAUCUGAAGGACAUUCAGUCGGACAAGUUCUGCAUCUUCACGCAGGGCAAGUCUUUGGCCUGCCAGGGUGACAGUGGCGGAGGAUUCACCUCCGAAGUACAGACCACUUCCUUCUCCACCCGGACCACCGCCCGCCACUACCUAUUCGGGAUAAUCAGCAAUGCACCCAAUGCAGAUCAGUGUGCUCACAGCCUGACGGUGUUGACCAAUAUCCAGUACUUCGAUGACAUGAUUCUGAGUGCGAUAAAGAGAAGCAUGGAAACCAGGGCCUAGGUCCUAAAAUAAGUUAGCUUUCUUGCAAUUAGAAUAGAUUUGUUUUCAGAGAUUCGGCGGCCAUACUCUAUUGUUUUCCAGCCAAUGCUAGAUUAAGCUAAAAGAAAAAGUAUAUUAAAUAAAACUAGUCUCAAGUCAGAUUUUACCAUCAUAA